AUGUCGCAACGCAUCGACUCACCGGGAUCGGGAUCUGAAGACUUGUUCUUCCCGUCGCCCUCAUCACAGCUUCACAGCCAGCGGCGAGACCCCGAUGAUGACGUGCCAGCACUAGUUGAAACGGCGAGCCGGACCAAGGCCUUGACGCCGGCCGUCGCGAACUUCAUGGCGAGGAGUGGUGACAAAUACGCGUUCCUCGGUCUCGUGCGUCGCCAGGUCGACUUGAUCAAGUCGCGGUCGCAGGACUUCGGCGAUGGUCAGGUCACCAUCUUCGACAAGGCUCUGGUGCAAAUGAGCCGAGAUGGACGCGAGCUGGAUCAACCUGCCGUGGUGCAGUUCUUCGCCGAACAGUUUCUGGGCAUCCGCAUGGAUGGCAGGCCAGGGUCAGCCAUCGAAGCAAGUCGAGCUCUCGAGCGAGCCGUACAGGUGGGACAGCGGUUGAAGUUGGGACAAAAACAAGCAGGACUCGGUACUAAAACUCAACCUGCAAACGAGGACAAGGACAAGGACAAGCCUGCAAGAGGGACAAGAGAGUCAGAGACGGGGCUGCAAAGAGAAGGAACCCACAUCAAUCCAGUCAUUGCCCAAAACGAAGGAACUCACAUCAAAGAUGCCCAGCUAGCACGUCUCUGGGCCCUGUAUGGCACCGCGAAACAAGAUUUCCUGGACCACUCGCACAGUAACAGGCCGGAGAAACUGAUGCAGGCGGCCAAAUUCCUUCGCGACACAGCCGAAAACACCAUUCAGUAUCUCAAGGACAAAUGCAUCGAUCCGGAAAUGGAGACGGAGCUGCAUGUGACGUACAAUACGGCCAAGGCGACCGUGGUUUCGUUGACCGGCGGCAAGAAACGCAAGUUCGACCUCAUCGACUUGAAAGAUAUCAAGAACGCGCCGCGCGGGCCGAGCUUGGGCACAGCCAUGACCGUUGGCAACUUCAACCACAACACCUUUGAGAGGGGACAGCGAAGACAGCUUGGUUCCGGGUCGGGUGCUGGUACUGGUAUGGGUAUUGGUGGACCCGUGGAGACGUCGGCCUCGUACCUUGCUGGCAGCCUUAACAUCGACAUGUCUGAUGCGUAUGGGCCCACCGGUGCUGGUUCUGGUGAUCAUGAUGAUUACUUGACAUACCCCUAUGGUCACGGCAGCUCAGACUCUAACACUCAUAACGGAGCCACUGGAGGGACGGGAGGAGUUGGGCAGGUUGGAGCACGAGAUCGGGAUCGUUAUCGUCCAGGACAUCAGCGAUCAGUCAGUCCGCGGCGUCGUCGAGGUGGUGGUGGUUCGCCAGCGAGACGGAAAGGUACAAAUGCGGACCGUGGUCGACCCCUUCACCCUCACCCUCCUCCACCGCCACCGCCACCGCCACCGCCUCCUCGUGGCCGCGGCCAUAGUGGGAUCCCAUUCGGCUAUUCCAGAGAGGUGGACUCAUACCAGCCAAGCAAAGACAGCCAGAGGCACUACCUGGACUGGGAUAGAAAUGUUUAA